AUGACAAUAAAUUCUGAAGGUGUAAACGAUAUGAAUUCUGACAAUCUACUGCCUGAUGGAACUCAAAACACGCAUAAGGAAGCCAUAGACGAAUCAGAUUCUUCGCCAGUACAUAAUAACGGAAAGACAUUUGUAAAUGGCGUUAAAACUGAAAUGGACGAAGAUUCUAAACGCAUGAAAGAUUCGACUCAAACAGAGAACGACGACACGCCAGAUGAUAUUCAAUUCGGAGAUGAAUUUGACGAUGAUUUUCAUGAAGACAGCACGUCUAAUACUAAUCCCGUUCAGGAAUUAAAUCAGGAAGAUGCUAAGAAGCCAGAAAAAAGGGGUAGAGGUAGGCCUAGAAAGAUAACCAAACCCGAAGAAAUUGCAGCUACUCCUAAAAUAAAGAGGAAGAGGGGACGGCCACGGAAAGGUACGGAAACUACCAGUAGUAUCGAGAAUAUGGCUACAGAUACUCCACGAAGAUCAGCUAGGAUCCUUAGAAAGGAAACUCCUAGUUAUAGAAUCGAAAAAGAUUAUGACGAAAAGACAAGCUCGAAACCCAUUCAGCCCAAGCGUAAAAGUUUGAGGCCAAACAUUUAUGAGAAUAAAAAGCCCGUGUCGCUUGCAAAAACCAGGCCCAAUGAAACUCAGAAACCGAUGUAUAUUAACACUGAGCGUAUAAUAACAAGUCAGAAUCGAGAUAAACGAUUGAGAAUAAAUACAUUGGACGUAAUCAAGCAUUUGAUCGAAAAUUUCAAUCCAGUAAAUUCGAACUCACAGAUAUUGAACGAACCUUUAAUCCAUAAUGAGUUUAAAAAUCAUGUUUUGCAUCAUUUAGGCUACUUAUUUGAUGCUCAUGCCAAUAUCAAUGAUAUUUCACAAGAGAUAAAUGAAAUUCAAAAAAAGAAAACACAACUAAGAAAUAAAAUAUUUGAAUUAAAGAAAAGUCAUACAGAUAUAGGCUCAGAGUUGAAUAAAAUGAGAGGCAAUUAUCAAAAUGAGAGGUCAAAAUUCAAAAAUUUUAAUAAGAUGACAAAUAAAUUACAAUCUUUAUCUAGCACGGUAGAUGGAUAUAAAGCAGGCAAUCGUAACUCCUCAGAAAUACCCGAACAAAACAACAAGAGUACGGGAGAAGCGAUUGACAAGGACAUAUUUACCUUAAGUAAAGUAAUUAAUCCUAACUCAGGCAUGUUUAAAAAGUUGAUCUUAAUUAAUAAAAAGUUAAGUAAAAUAGAGAACGAGCUAUCAUAA